CAGGUGCAUGGCGGGGAUGUUUGCUGCUGGUGCAAUCUCACAGUAAACAAUGUGUGCACAGUCGGGACUGGCACUUCAAGCAUUACCUGUCCAGGGAGCUGGCGCCGUGCACACUCACGGCAGAGAUAUGUAGAACAGUUCGCACUCCUAUAUCUAGUGUUUUUCAAACUGGCCGCAGACAGCUUUAGUGAUAUGUUCCUGCAUUCGGCUCUAAUUGGAAGCACUGCUCUCGGGAUUAUGUCAACUGCGGUGUUUUGUAGAGAGACUAGCAUGAACAUGUAUUUUCAAGUAUAGAAAGAAGAUUAGAGCAGCCUAACACGAUGGAUAAUCGACGGAAAAGGAAGUUGACAUUCUUCACCAUUGGGCUCAUAUUUCUUCUUAGCGGUGUGGAAUAUGCUGUAAUAUUGCCUACAAUAUGGAGGUACUUGCAGACUUUGGAUGCAGUGCCUUACUUCCUGGGUUUGGCCCUGUCAGCGUUCAGCUUGAGCGGCCUCCUGUCAGGACCGUUGUUCGGCUACUGGUCCGACAGAACACGAACCACCAAGAAGAUCAUAUUGUUCGCCAACGUUUUUGAGAUAAUCGGUAAUUUCAUGUACUUCAUGGGCUACUCCAAGUGGCUCCUACUGUCGAGCAGACUGGUGGCAGGCAUCGGAACAGGUGCCGGCUCAGCCAUCUUUGGCUUCCUGACCAGAAGCACCGCCCUCGAGGACCGUGCCACUGCAUUUGCCACUGUAAUGGCAUGCCGACAAGCCGGCCUUCUGAUAGGUCCAGCAUUUAACAUCUUCCUGAGGCUGUGUGAUUUCCAGCUCGGUCCUUUUGUGGUCAAUAAAUAUACCGCGCCAGGGUUGUUCAUGUGCCUGAUGUGGACUCUUCUUCAACUGACUGUGAUCUUCAUGUACUGGGACCUACCACCUCAAGUGAAGGAGAAGGCCAAGAAGAGUUCAAGAAACCAGAGCAUGGAGGAGGAGAACAGGCAAGGGCUUGCGGAAGAGGACAAUGAGGAGGAAAAGCCACUAAUGGGAAACGAGGAGCUGGGGGGUUCCUACGGCUCAGUGGUGGCACCCAACCCUCCCAGAUCCGAGUCCUCCGCUGCCUCCAAUGCCACGCUGAAUCACAUCUCUCCACCUCCCUCUCCAGUGCCACCUGAGUCCCACGAGUCUUCCAGCCCCUUUAAGAUUUCCAGCAUAUCUCGAGAGUUCCUGAGAGAAGAGGUGGUCGUGCUGCUGGCUGCUCAGUUCAUCACACUCUUCAAUCAGACGGCGCUGGAGACCAUGGUGACCCCGAUGACCCAAAAGUACUUUGGCUACGGGGAGCUGGAGAACAGCGUGAUGUACUGUCUCUGCGGUGUGGAGGUGAUCGCUGGCUUCCUGUUUGUGCGCUGGCUGAGUCAGCGUGUUACUGAGCGAGUUCUCCUGGCCAUUGGUCUGACCAUCUGCAACAUCUCUGGAGUCUGGUGCAUCAUCUUUCUGGCUAACCCACUAGGUGAUUUCCCAUGGCAGCUGACUGAGUUCAUCAUCGGGGUGUUUCUGCAGGUUUUGGGUUUGCCAUUUGUAGCUGUGGCUCAGGUUUCCCUCUUCUCCAAAGUUACUUCUGAGAAAACACAAGGUUUCAGUCAGGGAGUGCGUCGCUCCGUGGGAGGUCUAGCUACCAUCCUGGGCCCUCUGUGGGCUGGUGGCCUUACCGAGAACAUGUAUAUCAUGAUGGGGGUGAUGAUGGCACUGCUGGCGCUGAUAACGAUGAUGCUGGCUUUCUCAUAUGACCGGAUGCUUGCACCUGCUGCAGAGGAGCAAGUGGAAGACUCAGAAAACUGUCGCUAAUUCUGCAGAAGGUCGAUGCAAUAAACGUGGAUAUGAAAGUGGGAGAUUCCCUGUCCUGCACCUUACAAGGCCCUCCAUAGUUUCACUUUCUGCAUUGGGACCAGCAUGCAGGGUGAUACAACACACACACACUACCGGCACACACCUCACCAUCUCCUGAGGGCUUCCCUCAAACUUGGACGUGUCAGCUUUGUGUGCAGAGGCUGAUCAGCACUGAUAUGCUGUAAAUGUACAUUUCCCAUGGAAAUAUGGAAUUCUGCUGACACAACGUGUGCAAGCUUUGGAUGAAAAUUGUUCCCGUCCUUUUGCGUUCUACACGGAACACCAAGUACAUUCGGUGCAUCAUACAUUCAUGAACAUGCCAAACGGUUAGCUGAUUUAGCUGACCUCUGUCCUUGAGCUGUCUGAGAAUAAAUAAGCUGUUCAGCCCUGAUACUUGAUACCUCCAUCUUCUAGAAAAGCAAGCAUCCAAAAUAUUUAUCGGCUCAACCGGUUGGGAGAAAUCACCAAAUGCUGUAUGUCAGGAUUCUUUUGGCAGGUAGCAAACCAGGAUUUAUUGUCCUCUAAAGUAAAAUAAUCAAAGUCAAUUAAACAGAAAAAAAGAAAAAGCCAGCACAUUUCUAAACCUGGUUUAGAAUCAAAGUCAAAGUUUAGACCAAGAUUUCAAUUUGCUUAUACAUUUCAAUCCACUUCUUCUUUACUCCACUUUCAUUCCAUCUACAUCUGAUAUAGUCAUGGUUUCUCCCUCUAUAUUUGCAAAAACUAUACUUUUCAUUUUUCCUGCAAGUUGUAUUUAUUCAUUUAAAUGUUGAAUUAUGUGCUUUUGUUAAUUAAUACUUUUAAAGUUGUCUCUACCAUUAAAACAAUAUGUUUGGUCACUGUUUAAAGGAACUACUAACACUACCUCAUAAUAUUGAAUUAGUUUGUCAUCCCGUGGUGAUGAAAAUUCUGUUUCAGAGGCAUUUGAGGCAUCGCAGUAAUACAAUUCUCUGUGAAACACUAAAUGCAAUAGAUAUGUCAAACCGUAAUUAAAGGGGGUCAUAAAAAUGUAUAAUCUUCCUGGCAUAAAGGCCUUUAUAUAAAAGCAGAUCAGUACAUGUUUCUGAAGUUUUGAAGCUGAUGUAGUAAAUAUGUUUAACACUAGUGGGCGCUCGUAGUCUACCGAAGUUGUUACUGCUGAGCCUCAUGCUUUUAGUGUGAUCUGUCGGUCAGAUAACUCCAUAAGGAGGUAUCACAAAGACGCAUUUAGGGAAUAACAAGUAUAUUGGGAACUUUGACUUUGAAAAAUAUUCUUGCAGUUUUCGGUACAGAAAACACACAUCAAAGACAUUUUGUUUUUUCUAAAGGCUUUACACUAUGUGUUGUACCUCUUGAUCAUUUCUUCAGGGUUUAUAUUCACAAACACGUUAUGAAUUAUGAGACUGUUUAUUUAUUAUGCAUCUAUUUAUUAGAUAAUUUAUGGGCCCCUAACAUGUACAACUUUUCCUUGUGUUCCUUGUCUCUAUACAAAAAAAGAUAAAAUUCCACAUUGGCUUGAGUUUCGUUAUGCUCACGAGGGUGUGUGUGUGUGUGUGUGUGUGCGCACAGUAAUUACAUUAAAGAAUAUAUAAUUAUAA